GCUCACUGGCAUGGCCUUCCGUGUUCCUACCCCCAAUGUAUCCGUUGUGGAUCUGACCUGCCGCCUGGAGAAACCUGUACGUAUGGGGAGAGCUGGGUUUGUUUUGUCUAUGAUGUGGUGACUUGGGGCAAGAGCAGUCAUCUUUGGUUUUGCCCUUACAAGGCCAAGUAUGAUGACAUCAAGAAGGUGGUGAAGCAGGCGGCCGAGGGCCCACUAAAGGGCAUCCUGGGCUACACUGAGGACCAGGUUGUCUCCUGCGACUUCAACAGCAACUCCCACUCUUCCACCUUUGAUGCUGGGGCUGGCAUUGCUCUCAACGACAACUUUGUGAAGCUCAUCUCCUGGUAUGACAAUGAAUAUGGCUACAGCAACAGGGUGGUGGACCUCAUGGCCUACAUGGCCUCCAAGGAGUAA